AUGUUCUCCAAACCCCUCCAAUUCAUCCUCGCACUCAGCUGCGCCACAUCCCUUGUAGCAGCUCAAGCCACUGAACCUCUCACCCCAGCAAUCAUCACACACACAUUCUCAGCCUCACCCUUCUCUCUCCCUCCAUCUCUAGCAACCAUCGGCACCUCACUCACACCAGCUAUCAUCACCAAUACAUUCUCCGCCUCGCCAUUCACUUUGCCUCCGUCUUUAGCAACUAUUGGUGUUAGUUCGAGUGCUACGGCGUCGUCGUCUCGGGUGUCUACGACGACAAGUGCGGCGCCGUCUUCAAGUGUGAGCGGGAGUGGGACUCGGACGACUUCACAGACGCCGACGGGGACGGAAUCAGCGGCGACGACGAGCUCGAGUAGUGCGGCUAGGAAACUUGAUCAGGGGGUUUGGCUUGGGUCGGUGAUUUUGGGGGUCUCGGGGUUGUUGGGGUAUUUGGUCUGA